GCGCGCUUUUCGCCCGAAGACUUUUCUCCGCUCAGAUACUCGUCUCACGCUGCUCCGAUCGCUCGGGUUUUGCAAACUCGGUAAUUUCGUUGAUACGGUCCGCGAAACAAAGCCGCCAUCAUGGAUGUCAUCAAGAAGAAAAUGCAAGCGAUGAAGCUUGAGAAAGACAAUGCUAUGGACAAAGCUGACACCUGCGAAGGACAGGCAAAAGAGGCGAAUUUGCGCGCAGACAAGGUUCUCGAGGAGGUUGCGGAUCUCUCGAAAAAAUUAACUCAGGUUGAAGGUGAUCUGGAAGCUAACAAGCAAGCUCUCGAGCAGGCUAAUAAGGAUCUUGAAGAUCGCGAGAAAUCUCUUACCAAUGCUGAAUCUGAGGUUGCUGCCCUUAACCGUAAAGUCCAACUUAUCGAGGAGGAUCUCGAGCGCUCGGAGGAACGAUUGAACACCGCGUCCGCCAAGCUGACUGAAGCUUCGCAGGCCGCCGACGAGUCUAGCCGUAUGUGCAAAGUAUUGGAAAACCGUUCACAACAGGACGAGGAAAGGAUGGACCAAUUGACAAAUCAAUUGAAGGAGGCCCGCCUACUCGCAGAAGACGCUGAUGGAAAAUCUGAUGAAGUGUCACGCAAGCUGGCCUUCGUUGAAGACGAGCUCGAAGUCGCAGAGGAUCGUGUCAAAUCCGGCGAAGCCAAGAUCAUGGAGCUGGAAGAAGAAUUGAAAGUCGUCGGUAACAGUUUGAAAUCUUUGGAAGUUUCUGAAGAAAAGGCUAAUCAACGAGUCGAAGAAUUCAAACGCCAAUUGAAGACUUUGACAGUUAAAUUGAAGGAGGCUGAAGCUCGCGCCGAGUUCGCCGAGAAGACCGUCAAGAAACUCCAGAAGGAGGUUGAUAGGCUCGAAGACGAAUUGGGCAUCAACAAGGACAGAUACAAGUCGUUGGCCGACGAAAUGGACUCGACGUUCGCCGAAUUGGCAGGAUAUUAAAUUACUUUAUUUCGCUAUGUUUUGUGCCUAAUAAUCUUCUUGUCGGAAAAUCAACAUUCUAAGUUUCUGCGAACCGUUAUUGAGCUUGAUGUCGAUUCAAUUGACAAAAAGGAGAGAUGGUUGAAGUCAUGCCUUGGACAUGGCACACAUACAUUACUACACUCACGUCCUUUGUAAUUAAUAUUGUUAUUAUAAUAGAAUUAUCGACGUGACCAAGUCGUAAUUAAUUCUACUGUUACAUUAUUGUACAAAAAAUUGAGGGACAUUCAAUAAACAGUAAUAUAAAUUUAA